AUGCGUAAAUCGUCCACCUUGACUUUGGCCUUGGUAUUGGCCAUUACCAUUGAUUGUGGAUUUGCUGGUUUCAUUGGCGGUGGUGGUUACGGCAAUGCAGGAGGAUUUGGUGGUGGUUAUGGUGGAGGAUUUGGCGGUGGUUUCGGUGGAUCCCAAGCUAGCGCCAGUGCAAGUGCUAGCGCCGGUGCUUACUCGGAAGGCAUUGGUGGCGGCGCCAUCGGUGUUCCCUAUGGUGUACCAUAUCCCGUUGGUGUCCCCGUUCCCGUUAAACAAGCCGUUCCAGUUCCUGUCAAGGUUCCCGUACCAGUCGACAGACCUGUACCUGUUAAGGUUCCCGUUCCAGUUGAUAGACCUGUUCCUGUAGCUGUUCCCGUCAAAGUCCCCGUACCAGUGCAUACUGCCGUUCCAGUAGCUGUACCCGUUGUUGUUGGUUAUAAACACUUGUAUGGUGGUCGUGGUUAUGGUGGUGGCUUUGGACGUUCCGGCUUUGGUGGUGCUGGUUUCGGUGGUUUCGGUGCAUAUGGACGUCCCGGUUUUGGUGGUGCUGGUUUCGGUGGUACUUACUCGAAGAGUGUGGCUACUUCUACUAGCUACAGUGGUGGUUUCGGAGGAAUUAUACAGCAGGGAUCUAAGCGAUAUCAAUCGGUGCGAGGAUAUUUUGGGGAAUCAGAUGACAAUACAGACAUAACGAAAACAAUAAUAAAAUCGACAAUUGCCUUGGCCGUGGUGUUGCUGUGCAUCAACUCUAUUUCUGCACAUAGGAAGUUUGGUGGCGGCUUUGGCGGUGGUUAUGGAAUACCUUAUGGUGUACCCGUGGGGGUUCCAGUAGGCGUUCCAGUUCCUGUCCAACAACCUGUACCAGUGCCAGUUCCAGUGCCCGUUCAAACUCCUGUAGCCGUGCCCGUUGCAGUGCCAGUUGGUGUUCCCUAUAAGCAUGGCUUUGGUCAUGGUGGUGGAUGGGGUGGUGGAUUGGGUAGUGGACUAGGAGGUGGUUUAGGCGGUGGUUUUGGCGGUGGCUUCUCCUCAAGCUAUUCUUCCAGCUAUGCUAGCAGCUAUGGCGGUGGUUUCGGCGGAGGUUGGCUCAAGAAAUAG